GCGUGCAGAUGGCAAUGCGCGUAACUGCAGAUAAGUUGCAGUAUAUAAGAUACCCGUGUGUCUAAAGCACCAUCAUUAGAACCAGCAAAGGCAACAUAUAACACACGACACCGUGCAGACUCGUCUCACACAAGGAAAUUAUGUUUAAAUUACAGGGUGCAGCUGUCUUUGCAAUGUUGGCUGCAGUUCUUGCCAGAGUCCAGCCCUAUCCAUUUCUUAGCGAUUAUGGUGGUUAUGGGGGAGACAAUGGUGGCUACGGUGGUGCUGGUGGUGGCCAUGUUGACAACCAUGAACAUAAACUUCUCAGACAAGUAGUCGACCAUCACCAGGCUCAUCCAAAGUACAAUUUCAAUUACGCAGUCCACGACCCACACACAGGUGAUGUCAAGAACCAAUGGGAGACGAGAGAUGGCGACGUAGUGAAGGGAUCGUACAGUUUGUUGGAAGCAGAUGGCUCUGUCCGCACAGUGGACUACACAGCUGACAAACACAGCGGCUUUAACGCUGUGGUGAAGAGGACAGGUCAUGCUAGACAUCCGCAGAAGACAUGAACUAGGAAGCCGUCAAUCCCUGCCUCUAGUCGAAAUACCAGAUGGCGGAAAAUUGACGUUAAAACAGUAGCAGAAAUGAAAGAAUAGACAGAUUUAAAUCAGAAACAAAUACAUAUUUUUUUUACAAAUAUUAGUUAUGUUCCACUCAACUUACGUGUGUUUCAUUCUUAUACGUUAAGCUGUUAAUUGUUUUUGUUGUGUUUAAAGAAUGUUUCGUCUCCAUCCUGUACACAUCAUUGCAAUUAAACAUUUUAUUGUUAGAGUUCA